CGUUUCACACCGAGUUCGUCACGCUGUUGAUUUAUUACAGAUACGAGACCAGCGCAGGUACAUUCUAGGAAUAUCUUGGUGUUGCAAAUUUCUGAGGAGUGUGUAAUUCUUGUCUUCAUAUUUCUGUCUAAAUAGCCAUCCUGAACAUUUGGUUGUAAAUUAAUAGUGUAUAUUCAUAAAAAAAAUCACAGACUUACGUUUGAUAUUCAAUAUAAGCCUGGAUAUACAAUGGUAAUUGCUUCAUUAUUAUGGUGAAUGGAUCUUGAUAUCAGGAGUGGACAGAAUCUAAACAUUCGACUUUACUUCAAAGAACCAUUUAACCGAAUAUUAUUUACCAGCUGUUCAUGCCUCUUUUGUCAGGGGGAAAGAGCACGUGUUAAUGAGUUAUAAUUGACCUCGUACAGAGAGAUACUGGACAAUAUAUCUGAUAUGUUGACGUAAGCUUGCUGGAACAGGCGUGCGUGCUGUGGACAGGUAUUGAUUGUGGUUGAUGAUGCUGGACAGACGCUGAUCCUUACGCCAAAGGACUGCUGACCACCAAUAAUUUCAGGAGAUCAGAGCAUUAAACUGAAACGAAGAUGAUUUGGAAUUAGCCUUCAGUUCCACGAAGAGCUACUUACCUAAACAACUUUAUUGGCUUAUACUAUUUGAAUAUUUCCACGCGUACAAUGGCUCCAUCACUGACCCUAGCAUGGUAAGGACCUGGAAGGUUGGUAGUGACGAAGAUUGCAUCAGAAGUCAGGCUGACCAAAGUUUGCAAAUAGAAGGAGGUGUGUACUGCAAUGCAACAUGGGAUACUAUUUUAUGCUGGCCGGCUGCCCGGGUUGGAACUGUCACCUUCCUACCCUGCCCUCAAUUUCCUGGGCUAGACGCCACAAAGCACGGUUUCCGAAGAUGUGGAGCGGAUGGUCGUUGGGAGGGGAAAUUCCCCGGAGAUUACUCCAACCCAAAAGGUUACACAAAUUAUACCAAUUGCUACACACCAGAGGCUUACGACAUUUGGAAGAAGUUUUACGCCAACAAGUCUUCAGCUCAGAGACAGAUGAUCAAGGACAUCGUGGUUGGUACCAGGACAAUGGAGAUUGUUGGGCUAUGGGUGUCGCUUGUGUCCUCGUUAAUAUCGCUUUUCAUCUUUAGUUAUUUUAGGAGUCUUAGAUGUCAUCGAACCAGAAUCCAUCGAAACCUGUUCGUGUCCAUCAGUGUGCAGACUAUUGUGCGUCUGAUACUAUACGUUGACCAGUUUGUGGCUCAGGCUGGAGGGCGGCCGACUGUCGGCACCACUGGCAUGAGUGAGGGUGCGACCAUAUUUGAGACUCCCGUGCUUUGUGAGUUCCUGUAUGCAAUGAUUGAAUACACUAAGACAGUGCAGUUUAUGUGGAUGUUGAUAGAAGGCCUCUACCUACACAAUAUGAUCGCUGUGUCUGUCUUCUCGGGGCGUCCAAACUACAUCGUCUUUUACUUGAUGGGAUGGGGUAUCCCACUUCCGUUCACUGUCGUGUGGGUUGUUACGAUGGCAUUUAGUCACACAGCCAGAUGUUGGUUUCCGUAUUAUUUUCUGCCUUAUUAUUGGAUAAUAGAAGCUCCUAGGGUCGCCGUCAUAGCGAUCAAUUUAUUAUUUUUACUUAACAUUAUCCGUGUAUUGGUGAUAAAACUAAGAAGAAGUCAAACUAACGAACCGCAAGUGACCAAAGUCAGAAAGGCGGUGAAAGCGGCGCUAGUACUCCUACCGUUGCUAGGUAUCACAAACUUCGUCGUUAUGACGGACCCUCCUGCUGAUGACGUCAUCAAGUUUGGGAUCUGGUCGUACACAACAUAUUUCCUCGUGUCAUUCCAAGGAUUUCUUAUAUCAUUACUCUACUGCUUCCUCAACGGGGAGGUACAGCUAACUCUACGAAAACGCUGGGAGAGGUACCGGCAUAGUCGAGUGGUACAAUCAGCCAGCUUUAGACGACUCAGCCGAUCCUUCUCUGUCUUCACAUCAAUAACUGAGGUCCCAAACACAUCAGUUAACCAGAAUCGCCGCUCAUCAGCCCUUCCUAUAUCAAAUGGCAAUGUUGUUCCGCUUCUGCGCGGUAUGAUUGUACGCCGCGAGUCCCGGAUGUGACGAUACUUUUCAUGGAACGACAUCGUACAUAUUCGUACCGUACGUUCCAGAUGUUAGUACCACAUCCUACAAGUCACGUGGUUUUAUUCGGAGCCACAUAAUUAUUUGGAUUUAGUCCCUGAACAUGGAUCAUCGUUAAACGAACCAAGACACAUCAAUAAAUAGCAUGAUGAAAUUAUAGAUAAAUCAUUAAUCUAUACGGCGUUUGGAAAGUUGAACAGGAUCAACCGAAUGCUUUGUGCUAUGAGAUCAUGUUACUGAAUCCGGUUGUAUUACACACUAACGUAUUUAUAUUGUAGUGUGUCAAAUGACGAUUAUUUGAUUAUGUAGGCAUAAAAGGUGAUGUAUUUAAGUAAGUGAAUAUGACAAGUCUAGAAAUUCCCUUAUCUGAUUCAUAUGUCUGCAUUGGAAUCAUUCUUGCAAUACUUGUAGUUUAUGUGUGUUAUAUAAUUGUAGACAAAACUGUCAUUCAAAAUUUGAAUACAAAUGUGUUUGUCUAUACCAUAUACCAUUAUCUUUAUGAUAAUUAACAGUAUAUUUUCAUGUAACAAAUAUUAUAGAAUUAUAACGUUUUCUUUUAUAUUUCGGUGUUAUGAUCACUUUAAAACAGUUUUUUAAACCGACAUUUACGAUUAUUAAGAACUAAAGCAAUCUUCAGAUUUGCCCACAUUGUUACAAAUAUGCUAUAUUGUUGAUGUUGUCACUAUUAAAUGUUAAACGUCAAGCAUGUAUUACUACAAUGGCAUUUUUGACGUAGUUUCUGGAAUUGCUGAACGCUAUAUAAUAUAUUAUAUUAUAUUCAUGUUGCUAGACAAAUAAUAGAGAUUAAAUAGACAGUUUUCCUUCGUUUCGCUAAUUAUUCUAUAAUUCCUGCAUGUUGUUGAAAAUUAUCUGUCGAGCUUGAUAUGUACAUACGAACAAAUUAGGAUACAAAGUCAGUGUGUUAUUGUGAACCAUUCUCCUUAUUUAUGUGUAAAUUUUGAUUUUCAAAAAUAAAACAUAUUCUUCUUUAUGCAACAUCUAUCCACUAGAAUGGGCUUGUUAAGAAUUCCAGUCUGAUAAAACAUCGGACUCCUUCGUUACAGCGCUUCCAGCUGCUUUUUUCAAAGUAUGUGACAGUAUGGGCCACUCUGAAAUAUGUGAGAAAUAAGGUUCAGAUCCAUUAAAUCGACAGGCUUUGAUUACCGUUAAUAUCCAUUGUGAAGCAACCUUUUAUUGCGUAAAAUUAAUUACGCUAACGUUAUACGUUAUUGAUUGCAAAUCUGAUUAUUGAUAUGUAUUCAUGUAAUGCAUUGCAAGUAAAUGACAUAUCAAUCAUUUAUCAAAUGACGCUUUUUCCAAGACAGUACGACGGCAAGAGAGCCGACAAAGGAGGCAUUAAAGUGCAUUCUAGCUUACAUGAUGAUGGUAUAAAUUGCCAUCGGCAUUUCAUUAACAAUAAAUGAAAUAUUUGUUUAGUUGUUGAAACAUCAAUGGUUAAGAUACAUUGGGUUUUUAAACUGCAGCAAUUUUUUCAUAAUUUUUUUGCGAAUCCAGCAAGGUUUUCAGACGUCCGUUGUGACAUUAGAACGCUUUUGCUUUAUUUUUCAUGGCAUUAUAUAUGUAUGAAAUACGUAAUUUCAUGUGUUCAAUUCAAAUAAAGUCUUCAUAUAACUCUGUGA